UCAGCUUUGUAUUUGACGCUUAGUGAAUCUCUUGAGAACGAAUGAGGUACGAAAGAGAGAACGAGAACGACAUGUGCUACGCCGCUAAGCGCUAAGUGCUCAAUCGAAAAACUGUGACGUCAGGCCGGCAGUCAAAGUGUUAAUUUUGCUGCACAUCAUAGAAAAAAAUGAUAAAUUUUUUGGUUCAUUUGGUGUUAAUUGUUUGUCAUCACAGCCAAACUGUUUCGAUCGUUGGAGCGAGCGGAUGACUGUGACGACCUAGUUAACUACAUACGUUCAAUUAUUUUUGUUUUAUUUUUUUUAAUUGUUUUAAUUAUUUUUAAUGACAACUCAUUUGGUCAUUGAACUAAAAAUUAGCUUCAAAAAAUGCUUGGUGGCACUCUAGCUCCUUUGGAGAUCUUAUCUCAAAUUCCGCUACCUUCAUAGAGCAGCAUAUUUAGAUAGAGCUCGGUGUUUAUGUGUGCACUAGCACCACAAGACACCACGCGUCUCCAUCUGCACAAAAGAUGCUAGGCGUCUCCAUCUAUAUUUCCAUCUCGACACAAGUUCCGACACAUGUGACUGUGAAUAUAAAUUUCAAUUCGAUUUUCUUUGAAGGAUGUUUGAAUUAUUCAAAGAAAUGAAAAGCUAAAAGAAAAAAAAACAUCAUAAUCGGUAACAGCUUCAACCGAUUUCAUUUUUUUUAUUGCUUCACAUGACGUAUGUUAUCUGUAAGCCGAUGAAAACAUGCAAGUACAUCCAUGGAACCAUCUUAUCUUCAACUUAAACGUUCUCUGGAGUUUUGAUUUUUUUUUAUUUCUGUCCUUCUUUUUUUCUUUUACUUCUUUAUGAUAUAUGAAUGAACAAGAAGCCAGGCAAAUGUGUACGAAAAUAUUGCGGUCGGUGGUGAGUCGAAUGUGCUAAUAAAAACUUUCACUCGUGUAAACAUAUGCAUAAUGUUUAAGGCACGCAUCUGCCAGAGUCUUGCUUACUUUUGCAUCAUGUUUGUUUUAUGCAACACACCGCGUGAAUAGUAAAAAAACUGCUUUGACUGUGACGCAUCAGAAGCUUAGUAACAAUAAAAUCACACCAACUCGACCAAUCCCCAUACACAAACACACUUUUCCUUGUCAUCUUUGAAUAUUGCAAGCUGAUGCUCUCGUUAGAGACCCGUUAGAGAAGACAAACUCAUCACCUCCAUAGCUGAAUACAGUGAAACACCGUUGGUAUGGGCUUUCGCGAGCUAAGACUCAAAUUUAUGACAUCGAGUGUCAGCAUAAAUAAAGAGAGAUUAUAACGCGCGUACAUUUCCACUUCGCUAAUCCGUGCUUGUGCUUUGACUCGCUCCAUGCUCCCACAUGGAUGUAUUCUAUCACAUGACAACACUCCUGCCCUAACGUAACGCGAGAACGUCGCUCUGUAUACGGGACGAGUAGUGAUUUAAAGGCCCCGUUCGAACGUACGGUUAGAUGAAAACGCUCUAGCACUGUCCAUGUAGAUUAUCCUUUUUGAACCGAUGCUUGCUUUUUGCGCAGCUAAUAUCAAUGGAACACGACUCCUAUAACCUAACGCACUGCAGGAAAUGAAGUUUUCAGUCGUGUCGUGUUUUACGUGACAUGCAAAAGAAAAACGUUAGCGAACGACUGCUUUCAGAUACCCUAUAUGUAAUCGUUUUAAUUUCCUUUGAGAUUUUUCCCCAUGAACUUGCCUUUUGGACGGGAACGUAGGUCUCAAAAGUUUAUUAACUUGCUCAUGUUCGCUAUUGUUCUAAAACAAAUAUAUAAGAAGUGCUCUUCAAAAUUCACUAUUUUUUAUCUUCCCUCACCUUUGUGUUGGAACAAUUAUAGGUCUCUAUAAAUUAAUUAUGAAGAGAGGUGAUGAUUGUACGAUGAAAUAUGAUGGUUAAAAGAUACAUCAAAAGUGAAUACGAUACAGGGUAACUUUUUUUUUAAUAAAAUCAAGUUGCUGAAUUCAACAGCGUGCAGAUGACUCUAUGAAAACGAUGUGUCGAAAUGUGUAUGAUGCGGUUUGUGUACAAGUUGGUUUGGCAUACUAUAUCGUUGUUAUCUUUCUUAUGUUCUUGUUCGAUCGACAGAAUGUAUACACGUGAAUGGCAUCUUUCAUUACAAAACUGUAUUGCAGUGAUUAGUGUCUUUUUCUUAGCAUUUUUGAUGGUAAAUAACAUUACCAAUUUCCUGUCUGCCUUCAUCCCAGAAACUUCUACUAGAAACUUCAUCCCGUUGCCAUGUCUUUCUCAGUCAAAUUUAAGCUCAUUAUAUUCUAUUACAAAUAUUAAUUUAGAAUCUCAUUUUCCACUUAUUUCAUCAAAGCUUUUUAAGUCUGCGUUUUAUUAAUUUUUCUCUUUUGUUAUUGAUUUUUGCUCAAAAACUUUAUCAACAGAAAACAUAUCCACGCAACAAGCACACACACUCCUGCCCUAUCACAAAGCAAGAAAGAUGAAAAUGUUACAACUGACAAAUACCAAACACCGUAACAAAUGAACAUUGCUAGCCGAUGACAGACAAUGAAUGUACGAAAAAGAAACGAAUAACAACUACAAUUAACUACAACUACUACUACUACUACUACCAAACAAACGAACUAAAAAAAACAAAAGAAUUUACUUGAGUAUAAAAGUAUGAAACAAUUUAUACAUCUAUAUAUACACGCACGUAUAAAUAUAUAUACAUCUAUAUUAUAUAGUUGGAUAAUUAAAGACUGCGACAGAAUGAGUGCGAACUGUAUUAGAAUGGCCUUUUGAUUCAUGAUUUUUUUUUCUUUCGUCUGCCGUUGUGACUCUAUAAAAACCUUCUAUACAAUUUUAUAUACAUAUAUACAUAUUUGUUCUUGUGAAUGGAUUGUUCUGGGUUUGAUUCUCUCUCUAUAUAUAUAUAUGGUUUGAACAAAAAAAACGCAUCCAGCUGCCGAGCAUCCGUUUGUUCUGAUAUUAUCUGACUGAUUGAUUGAUUGAUUGAUUGAUUUACUGAUAGCAAUUUAGUUCUGUUUUGUUCCCUGUAUUAUCACACACUUCCUUUUCACUCAUCAUGUGGAGCUCUGUUUCUUUCUGUUUUAUUUCUCUCGAUCUCUGUCUCUUCCUAUCGAUAGCUCUCACUACUUGUAUGUUAUUUCCUACAUCUGUUCAUAGAUUGUUUGCUGUUUUUUUUAUCUUGCUGCAGGUUGAAGAUCCACUUCCCAAUAAAUAUUACUUCCUGCUGUUACAUCCCUUUGUUUUAGAAUGUGGUCCAUUCCUCUCGUGUUUUAAGUUGAGCUCUCAAACUCCUAUUCUCAUGCUAUUCUUGAGAUUGCGUUUAUUUUCAUUAUGUUUUAUAUGGGCUGCUAUUUACAAUCUAGAAUACAGAGAAAGUUCCAUCGAAUGUGUUUUGUUGCCUUUUCUUUAUUGCAUCUCUUUCUCUCUACAUCCGUCCUUGGUUUUUGAUGAAAAUGGUUUCUGUUCAUUUUCUAAUGUUACAUUAACAGAUUAUGCGUUUGGUAAUUCUAUCGAAUGAAAUAUUAUUUCAGACUCUACCGUUUUCUUACAUUAUACAUUGUUAGUGCGAAUGGCAUAUUACACUCAUUGUCGUUAAUUUCAUAGCCGUUGUGUUUCGAUUUAUAUCAAAGCUCCACCUGAACAGUGAUGGAUUGGGACCAAUAUGAUGUCGAUGAUACUCACACUUGUUGCUAUUUGGUUUGAUGGAAUGAUUGAUCGUACACAUACAUAAUUAUUGCUGGUGAUGGAUAAUGGUAAUACCGCUGCUCGGUUGAUGAGUUCUGUCUUGCUCCUGUUAUUUUGUUCACGUGUGUAUGCAAAAUCGUGUCUUGCGUUCAUCUUUCGUUUCUCACCACACUUACUUUGCAACGAAUGCGUUAUGGUGUUGCAUAGGUAUGAUUUAUCCAGCAAUACAACUGGUGAUGCGCGCCAAAUACCGAAUCCUUUCUCUUCCUCUACUCACCUGUUGCGGAACGCGUGAAUGAACGGAUAUGGAUCGACUUGUUUUGUGUCUGUAUAUGGUUGACUGCACUAUUUUGCACCAUCUUUCAGCAUCAGUUUGGUUUGUUUGUUGGUUUUUUGGUUUGUGUUUUGGACGGGUAUGUAUAUUUUUUAGUUUCUUUUAAGCCCCAUCAUUUUGCUGUGUGCAAAAUUUCAUGUAUGUUUUACGAUUAAGAUUGCAAAUCAAUGCAUUUUGUUCUCCUUUUGUUUUAAUCAAAUCUAUUUUUUUAAAGUUACUCAAAAUUCGACAAUGAUUGGUUUGUUCUCUGUGACAUUUUGAAAACAGAUUGUGAAGAACUACUGAAUGUCAUAUCUAGCUUUGCUCACGCAAAUAUAGUCCUACAUCUUUUUUCAAUAUAUUGUGCAUUAGAACGAAAAACAAUUGAUUUCACAAUUUUGUUGGCGUUAUCCCUUUAUGUUGUUUUGAUCAGUUCUCCUUUUUCUAUUCCUACCCUUUGUGGCUAACGGUCUUGAUGAGUGAUGCUGAAGACGAUGCCCGUUCUGCGGACAUUCGGCAAUCACGUAGCCUAGCGGGAGCGCGACCUGCCGCCCGUGUCCCCGGUGGUGUCCCCCGUGGCCGUCAGUGCGGCAGCUGGCGGUGCCGCCGGCAGUCGCGUCACUAGUGGCGGUGGUGGUAUUGGUGACGGUGACACCCAUCACGACAUUUACUACUAUCAUCCGCGGCACGACUGCCAAAGCCACAGCCUCGAGCACAACUACGAGAGCGAACACAAAAAAGCACACAAACAACAGCACAACAAUCACUAUGCCACCUAUCACUACACCGGCAAGUCUGGCCACCAUCAUCCACCUCACCAUCAUCACCAGUACAUGUACACCAGUAACAACAGCAAUAGCAGCAACAACAAUAACACCAGCAACACUAACCACCACAACCAACCGAACGGGCCGGGCAGUAAUGGCAAUGGCGGCAGUGGCGGUAACGGCGGCGGCAACAAUCAGUCGAAAGGUCGCGCGAAAGCCAAGCGCAACGAGUACGAGCGCCCCGGUGGUCCGUCCCCGGGCGGCACUAAUCCCACUGCGGCCGCCGGUGCGGCCGGUCAGUACGGUGCCGGCGGCAGCAGCCCGGCCGGCACCGUCGACCACGGGGGCAAGUCCUCGGCCAAAAGUCGGCAGCUAAGCUGCGAGCUGUUCGAUCCGCCCGGCUACGGUGAGCCGAAGCACCACGGCAAGCACCACACCAAGAGCAAAUCACAAUCGCAAAUGCUGCUGCUGCCAGCACCGACCGCCACCAACACCGCCACACUGCCCGCCCACAUGCUCACGUCCGCCGGUGCACCGACGCAUCCUUCCUCCUCCUCCUGCUCCUCCUUCCAUCGCGCCUCCCUGUCCGAUUCACGCGAAACGUCUCCCACCUCUCCUUCGCCACCGCCGCUUCCACCGCUGCCGCUCGGUGGCCAUGCCGCUGGCGGCAAUACUGCCAAACAGCAGCAGCAAAGUGUGCAAAAUGGCAAACAACAAACAUCGCCAGCAUCGUCACCGACGAUCGCCCGACGCUAUCAGGCGAGCAAUAAUGCAAAUAAAUCACACUACCACCAUCACCAGCAGCAAGCGCUGCCCCUAACGCCACCAGCAACACAGCAGCAGCAACAGCAACAACCGCAACAACACUACACUAAAAAACACACUCAGAAACAUCAGCAACAGUCGCCGGUAAAUAAUAGUGCCAAUGGGCACGGCAGCAGCCGGGCCAGUUAGUUGCAGCGACGGGAAGUGACAGAUCGCACCGUGGGUGGGCGGGUGGCCGAUCGGGUCGACUGAGGCUGAAUGCUAGGGAAGAAAACACUCGAAAGACGUGGAACGAAUACAUUAUACGCUCAGAACGGUGCCGGACACGAUCAAACAGCAUCUCUGUUUACUAGCAAAUCACAAUAUUACCGGAACGACUCGGCGUGUGGGGGUGUAUGGGGGUUGGGGUGAGCUGCGUGUGGUCAAUUUCUCCUCGGUGCAGUCGGUGCAACAAUUGUGCCUCAAAUGUUGACGCACACAAAUGCAAACACAAAAAAAUGUGCGACGCAAAAACACGCCCGUUUGCGAGAGUGUGUACACACAAGUGGUCGCUUCUGGAUAAGUCCUCGGGAUCACACCGUGGCACGAUUCAUUCCCAUCUCCAUGGGGGAGUUGUUCCUACCUUCUUCCUCCCAUCACGGUAGCUGCUAAGCCGGUUCCUUGCGCAGUGUGUGCAGUCCGAGCACAAACAGUCCAGAGCAGAGCUGAACACAACGGCUGUACAUAUAGACACCACUUUUGUGUGCAAGUGGACACAGACAGACUAGUGGUACAAGUUUCCAGGAUAAUCUGAAGAAUAGAGGAAAACGCUCACACACAAAAACGAGAAAAACAGUUCAGUAACAAAACACAGAACAAAAUAGAGAUUCAAGCGAAACGAAGCUUCACGCCUCCUUCCCCCCCCUGUGGAUGCGAUGUAAUAUUUACAUACACUUCGGAGAGGGAGCUAUAAAAACCAGACCUUCCCACCAAAGGAAACAUGAUUUAUGAGUACAUUAAGAAUGUGUAGAUAAUCGGUUCAGCUGAAAAGCGGGUCAUGGGAUACGUGGGAACACCGCACCAACCGGACGGACGAAAACAAAGUUGAACGAGUGUUGGUGGUUAUUGCUGUUGCUGCUGUACGUGGUUGAAGUGGUUCCCUUCCUCGCCAAUUCCUCCGUGCUUCUUCCUCUUUCCUAUUCCACCCGCAGGGGUUUCUUAAGCGCAGCCUUUUCCCUAGUUUUAAAAAUCAUCAACGCGCGUCAACGGCGAAUGGUAGAAAAUAAAUGGUCUAAACUGUAGCGUUACUCACCAGCGUGUCCGUAACCGUAUACCGGUGCACACUUACGCUCCUCACGCGGAUCCAAUGCACUGUACGGUUAAUACUUGCACAAAUGCUUCAUGCGUGAUGGCAGAGCUAUAUGCUACCGAUGCUGCCCCAUACCAUGCUCACUGAUUUCAUCAU